AUUUCUUCUUACACUGCCCAACUAUUAUUGAUUCCCCCUUCGACUUCCACCUCUACUUCCGCGAAGCAGACCGCUUUCGUCCUUCUGUAAUUCACUUCCUAAUCCAUACUUCUCUACCUACUUAGGUAACCCUAUAUAAUUUCACGCAAACUUCCACACAUCCAUACAAUUUCUUAUUCCCGUACCUAUCUACUGCCUUCAUAUCAUCCGCUACCACCCUCCACCGCCAUGGGGAGCACUCCCAAGGCUACCCAAUCCCCAGCGGGAAGCCCUGCCAAGGGUAAAGCUGGUCCUCUCGUUCUCGUGAAAGCUGCUGCCAAAGGCGUCGCUAAGCGCACUGCUAAGAAGCCCGCUCCUAAGAAAGGCGGUACGCGUGGAAAAGGACGUGGACAGAAGAAGGCCUACGAUGAACCGCGUGCCCAGGCAGCUUACGAACGCCAGCGAGAGCUAAGAGAUCUUUACUCACAAGUUUCGUUGGCUAUCAAACCGGCUCUUGACGAGAUUGCCGACAGGACUCUCAAAAUGCUGAUCGAAGACCCCGAUGCCCACAAGGAGGUAGAGGAGUACUUCGCCGUUCAACGACAACUUGAUGAGCAGCUCGAACUGGUCAUUGAGAGAAGUAACCUGGAGUAUCAAACGAGAGUCGACAUCACGCGCCGCACAUUUGAAUUAGAUAACGACCUUUCGCAGAAGAAGUAUAUGGACUCGGUCAAUGAUGUGACCACAGACUUUCACGACGGCGCCAUGAAUCGAACUAGUAUCUUGGCAGAGCUUCGUCAAGAAGGCCGAAGUGUUGAUACCCCCGAUCUCACGUACAAUUAUGUUGAGAAUAUACCAUAUAUCUCAUUCCUCGGCAAGUCGGAUAAGUUUGAGGCUGUCGGUGACCGAAUCCGUAACACGAAGACUGUUGCCAAGCGUAAAGCAGAAGGCCAAGCUGAUGAACAGCCUGAUUCUAAGAAGCCUCGACAUACUGGCGGCUUACUUGCGUCAGAGCAGCAGCCUGAUGGCGUACCGGAGUCCAACGCAGCAUCACCUGGUGCGAUUGAAGAGCAGGAAACCAGAGUCGUGUUGCACAAGGAUCUACCCGAUCUUCCCAAUGGUGCUUCCGAAGUAGAUGAGUAUGGCGUCCGAAGUGUCAAUAGGCGCGCCAAGAGCCCGGCAAACCGGUUCAUCGUUCCACCGAUGUUCUUAUUUGCGGAUGAGCAGAUAGGGUUCCGCGAUUCUACCAACGACUCGACCAGGAAAGCGACUAGAGCAACGCGAGGCAGAUUUCUCGAUACACCAAACUCUAGUACAUGGCAUCUGGACCAUACUGUCAAGGACUACGACUGUCGUGAAUAUAAAGACGACACUCUGGACCCCAGUACCGUGAAAAAAUAUGGACUGCACCCCAAGUAUGGCUUCUUUUUGCCAUCUUCUCAGAAUGAAGCAGAGUUCCCGGAUGAGCGUGUUGACGGAACACGUCCUAUCGUACUAGCGCCGAACCAACACACUCCUGUCCAUGCGUCUCGUUCCGCCCGAGACAAGAAGAUGGAUAUUGCACUCCAGGAAGACGCCACGAAGGGCCUGAUGGCGAAGAUGAUCGGAAAUUAUUGUGUUUACGAGGACAUUGAGCCAGAAGAAGUUGUUUCGAAGGAAAUGCGCGAUCGCGAACGUCAAGCUAUCGAGAGACUAGCUCUACCAUCGAAUGGUGGCGAGGGUCCAACAGAACAGGCAGAAACUGACCACAGCAACCUUGCUAAGGACUGCAUAGCUCUCCUCCUUCAAGCUGCCGAAUAUCUGGAGUCUGAAAAGCCAACAUCGCAGUUCAUAGCCUCACGACCAUCUCGCCCAUAUGAUGCAGUUCGAGAUGUCUUCACUGGCGCAGAACCUGCUCCUCCCCUUCCAGAACAACGCCUCCCAGAAGCAACCACUAAUCCGCUUGAUAUACUGGCGGACAUGGCCCUGGGACUUGAGGCCAGGGGACAUCCGGAACAAAAUGAAGCAUUGACAUCAGGCGGCUCUUCCAAGAUAGGCCAACGCCUUAUUAGCCCUCCCAACCAGCCACCUCCACCGCCUAGCACGUUCUUACAGACUGCGCUGAAUCCUCCCCCGACUUUUGCGCAUAUCGCGCCAGCUCCUACCCCUAUGAUGGAAAUUGUGCAGCAGAAUCACCUCCCUAAAAACCCCUUUGUUAGCCAGGACAAUGGAGAUAGUCUCCCACCUCUGCGGCCUAAUAGACUUGAAGAGGGGCAAAACACAUCACAGUUGCAACGACCUCUCCCUCGCCCUGCGCACCGACCUCAGGAAUUCGGCUCCCCGCGUGGCCCUCUUCGCUCGAAUUCUGGUGCUUUCUAUCCCCCAGCACCACCACGGGCUUAUCAUCAUGGUCUUACUUUUCAUGAGCAAUCUAUGAUGUCGGUACCUGUUCAGCAGAUGCAGCCCAUGUCUGGGCCUGGCUUGAUGGCAACCCAGACCGCCUUAGCUCCUCAUACUCUCUCUCGCCAUCCCAUCAUGUCCCCGCCACAUCAAAUACAACCACAUCUAGCUCCAGUGCCGACACAGAUGGAGACACCUUUGUCUUCGAUAUCACCCCCUAGUCCACUUAUCAACUUUCCGUCACCCGCUCAUGGACUGCGUCAUAGACCAGAGGUCACAUCCAAUAGUAACGACGGUAAAAACUACCGCAGGAUAGCCGCAGCGCCUCUUCCUCACAACCGUCCCUGGACGACCAACGGCGGCACGGAGCUGCGCCUAGCCCACUACGAUCAUAAAGAAGCGAUCAAGGAUUACAUGGCUAGCGAACCCCCUCCCCAUAGCGGGCCUACAGUAAUCCGGGGCUGGAACAACAAGUCGGUUAGUAACCCGAAGGGGCGAAAUAGGACCUCGAAGAAAGGCGACUCUGAGGAGAAGGAUUCUCCCAAGUAGGUCUCAGACGACUCUUCUUGGGGCUGUUGUAUUGAUUAUUAUCACAUUACAGCAUGAUAUCCCCAUUCAUGAACAAGUGGAAUGCCUCGGAGAAGAGCUGAGGCGGUAGCAAUCCAACUUUACGUCUCGACGGACCCACGAAUACCCACCCACGAUUUACCUACCUUACGAUUAGAAGAUUAUAAAUCCACAUUAGAG